AUGGCUUUAAAUAUUAAUGAAUUUAAAAAUUCAAUGUUAAAAAAGUCAGAAUAUGAAGGAAUCAAAAAUUUUAUCAUUGAUAAAGGUAGAAAUAUCCCAUAUGAAAACCUUUUCUCAAGAGUGUGUUCAAUAAAUUAUAAUCAAUAUGCUCAAGAUCCAAUUCAGUUUUAUUACCAAUAUUAUGAAAUUUAUGGCAAAUAUCCAACUUUUAAACUUGAACCUAAUGAAGAUCAUGAUCCUUUAAAUUAUUUGAAUUCAACAAAUGUGAUGUAUAAAGUUCAAAUUGGUAAUUCUAAAUCAAGUUCAAAUUUUGAUACAUUUAAAUUAUGUCCCUUAUGUGAAAUGAAUCAAUCAAAUGACAAAAAAACAAAUAAGUCAAAACUUCAGCCUAAACUUCCUGGGUUUUAUAAAACAAAUAAUUGUGAAUAUGAGAAACAUAUGUCAUUUGAACAUGGAGUUUUGAAAAAUGGUUCAAUUAUACCUCAACCAUUUGUUGGAUAUAGUAAAUCAAAUAGAUAUUUAUAUGAAUCUGAUAAACAUUAUAAGUUAAGUAUAAUAUGUCCAUAUCAACAUUUAAAUCUUAAUAAUGGUGAAAUUGUACAAAGUUGUAAUGCAAUUUUCCAAUUUUCAAAUUUUAAAAAUAUAACAACACCAUAUAAAGAAUAUUUUCAACAUUUUUCCAUAAAUCAUUUAAAUGCAAAAUCUAAUGAACAAAUAAUUAAAAAUGUUAUAGCAAGACAUAUUUCAAAACCAAAAAAUAUAUUUUAUCCAAUAUGUCAAAAAUCCCAUGAUGAAGUAAUUCAAUAUCAACAAAAAAGAUGUCCAAAUUCAUGGAAGCCAACAAUGACGAUAUGUAAUGAUGAAAUUAUUAAAUGUUUAGAAUCUUUAUUAGUUAAACCAGGAGUUUAUUCAUCACCAAAUGUUAAAGAACGAUUUAAUUUAUCAUAUAAUGAUUCAUCAAGGAUUAUUUUAUUUAAUGAAAAGAAUUGUAUAAAAUCAAUUGGUCCAGGUAAAAAGAAAUCAAAGAAAGAUAAAGCAAAAAAUAAAGCUUUAGUGGAAAAAUGGUCUUAUGAUGAUGAAAAUAACAUAUAUGAUUCAAAUUUUUUCAAAAAUCUUACUGAUGAUCAAAUUGCUCAUGUGUUAUUAGAAUUUCUUCAACAAUAUAGGGAUUAA